AAGAGAAAUAUAAUUUAUGUUCUAGAAAAAAUGAGAUUUCCGAUAAACAUCCUUAAAUCAAUCAAUCAACCAUUCCUCCUUGCACAGUGUCGUCAGUUGUCCCUGAGUUCCCCGCUAGCCUGCAGAAGCUCUGCAUUCAGAGAAGCAGAAGCAAAGUUAAAACGAACUGAUGAAGUGGACCCUGAUUGUCAACUUGUUUACAGAUUACCAAUAGGAAGGUACACUACGUACGGAAAGUUUGCUUGUUACUUUGCAACUGCUAUUGGAUCAUUAGGUUUGAUUCAAGAAUAUCUUGUCCCCACACAGUUCCUUCACAUAACCAGCAGUUUUUCGUUGCUGCAGAGUGGAGACAUGAUAACUUUCUCUUUGAUUUGCUAUGUACACUCAAUUCUAAUCUUUUAUGUACUAUAUAAAGUACCCAUAAGGAUGUAUUAUAGCUCUAGAAGCAAAGAGUUUACUGCAAUAUUAGAAUCUCCUUACCCUGGAAAAUACAGAAGGAUGCGAAUACCUGAGAAGAGUGUGGAUAGAUAUAUUGUUAAAUCUUUUAACCAAUAUAUGCAUAAACCACCGGGCAACACCACCAUUAUCAUUCAUAAAAACUUUUUCAGGGUUCCACUGUACUACAACCAGCUACUGCUACCAAAGUAUACACAACUACACAGCGGGAUGUGAACACAUUUUUGACGCAUACGAAAAAUUUUUAAGAUUAUUAUUUAUGUUUUUUUUUGUAAAUUUCAGA